AUGGCAUCAAAAAAUGAAGAAGUGAUACAAAAUGCAUCCGAUAAUGACCUAAAGAGGAAAAUUGAUGAGUUAAAAUCAAGAAAUGAAACGUUGGGUUUAGCUAUACAGAGGUCAAGACACUCUGUUAAAAGAUUGAAACUAGAAUAUGGUGUAUUGCUAGAAAGACUGGAAUCAAGAGUCGAUUUGGAUCCAGAACUUCGCUUUGAAAACCCACUACCAAAUUUAUCAUCUUUUAGAGACCAAUUAAUGAAUAAACCAUUGAAGAGGUCAAAAGGUAAAAGACAAAGAGCAAAAGAAAGAGACCCAAACAUGCCAAAAAGACCUACUAACGCCUAUUUGAUCUAUUGUGAGAUGAAUAAAGAAAAAAUUAGGGAAAAUGGUUCUUUAGAUGUCACAAGAGAUUUAGCUGAAGGUUGGAAAAAUUUGGACGAAAGUGGGAGACUUCCUUAUUAUGAGCUUUAUAAUGAAGAUAGGGAACGAUAUCAGAAGGAAAUGAAAAUCUACAAUGAAAAUUUAAAGAGUAAAAGUGAAAUUGAAAUAAAAAAUGAUGAAAACGAAAAACUACCUGGAGAAGAGGAUGAAGUCGAAGAAGAAGUUGAGGAAGAUGACACUGAAGUCGGCCAAAAUGGGAAAGAACCAAAAAAACAUUUUACAAGCAACGAAAAUGAUGCUAUAACCCUAUAG